AUGGUUUCGACUAGUAGGAUCAAAUCUGUGGAUUUUUACAGGAAAAUACCCAGAGAUUUGACAGAGGCUUCCUUAUCAGGUGCUGGAUUGUCCAUUGUAGCAGCCUUGUCCAUGAUGUUUUUAUUUGGAAUGGAAUUAAAUAACUAUUUGACAGUGAGCACCUUAACCUCGGUUGUUGUUGACAAGAGUUCUGAUGGGGAAUUCUUGCGCAUCGAUUUUAAUAUGAGUUUUCCCGCACUCUCUUGCGAAUUUGCAUCUGUUGACGUGAGUGAUGUCUUGGGAACAAACCGAUUAAACAUAACAAAAACAAUCCGCAAAUAUUCAAUAGACUCCAAUUUAAAACCUACUGGCUCAGAAUUUCAGUCUGGACCAGUUUCAAAAGAAAUUAAGCACGAUGAUGAAGUUGAUGAAGAAUAUGGUGAAGGAGCUGUUUCUCUAAAUAGUCGUAAUUUUGAUAGAAUUUCACAUCAGCAUUCAAUUUUGGUUGUCAAUUUCUUUGCUCCUUGGUGCUAUUGGAGUAAUCGCCUGAAACCUUCAUGGGAGAAAGCAGCCACCAUCAUAAGAGAAAGAUACGAUCCAGAAAUGGAUGGGCGUAUUCUUCUUGCAAAGGUUGAUUGCACUGAAGAAAGUGAAUUGUGUAGAAGGAAUCACAUACAAGGGUAUCCGUCUGUCCGUAUAUUUCGUAAAGGAAGCGAUGUUAGGGAUGAUCAUGGGCACCAUGAUCAUGAAUCAUACUAUGGGGAUCGAGAUACAGAGGGCCUCGUCACUGCAAUGGAAAGUUUGGUUGCACCCAUUUCCUUGGAUUCUCAAAGACUUGCUUUGGAGAACAAAUCUGGAAACUUAACAGCUGAUGCAAAAAGACCUGCACCAUUGACAGGAGGAUGUAGAAUUGAAGGUUUUGUACGUGUUAAGAAGGUUCCUGGCAACCUUAUCAUCUCAGCUCAUUCAGGAGUUCACUCCUUUGAUGCCUCACAAAUGAAUAUGUCACACAUAAUUUCCCAUCUUUCGUUUGGUAAGAAGAUCUCCCCAAGAGUAAUGAGUGACAUAAAGAGAGUGCUACCUUAUCUUGGUCGAAGCCAUGACAAGUUGAAUGGGCAGGCAUACAUCACUGACCCGGGCGAUUCAACCGCAAACGUUACUAUAGAGCAUUACCUUCAGAUUGUGAAGACGGAGGUGAUGACAAGAUCAUAUAAAUUAGUGGAGGAGUACGAGUACACAGCCCACAGUAGUUUGGUACACAGUCUUGAUAUCCCUACUGCAAAGUUCCAUUUCGAACUCUCUCCGAUGCAGGUCUUAGUAACAGAAAAUCCAAAGUCCUUCUCGCACUUUAUUACAAACCUCUGUGCCAUUAUUGGUGGUGUUUUUACGGUUGCCGGGAUAUUGGAUUCAAUUCUGCAUAACACACUCAGACUGAUGAAAAAAGUUGAACUAGGCAAAAAUUUUUGAUACAGAGUUCAAAUUAGUCAGCGUAAAGAAUAUUAAUUUCAUCAUGCCCCCACCAUCUAAUAGGGACGUUUUUUUUUUUUUUAACUUUAGAAAACAGUGCAGUUUAUGUAUUUAUUUGUACUUUUGAAUUUUUCAGUAUGAGAAAUAUAACUGGCAAUCCUUAUUCAAGUACUUCUCAUAAUUGUUGUCGAAAAUACCAUAAAAACCAAAAAAAAAUAGCCUUUGAAUGAUGAUUGAUUGCAUUGAAG